GGAACCGAGGCGCGGGGGCGGGAGAAGGGGGCUCCGGCGGGCGGGGGCUGCCCGGCUCGGCGGGGAGACGGGGCCGGCCGGGCGGGAGCUGCCGCCGCCCUUACAGCCCAGCGGUCGCCGGCUCGACCGAACAGGUGGCGCCGCCUCGUCCGCGUCGAGGGGGUUGCGGACCGCGGCCCAGCGCGGGAGGAGCCGCUCGCCGGCGGGAGCAGAUGUGCAUUUCAGUGGACAAGCAUGUGGAAUUCAUUGCAACUCUUGAAGAUGGUUCCUGUUUGGAAGAAACAAUGUCUGCUUUGAAAUUUCUGUAGUAUCUUUUUAAAGGAGACUCCCUGAGGCAGCAGAAUUGUGACUUGCACUUACACAACCAACAACUGGAAAAAUGCCAAGUUCUAAAAGUAACUUGGGGUCUUUAGAUGAAGAUGUUAUAAAUGACAUUUCAGACUUGAGUGAAAUGAAAAUUUCAGAUGAAAAAGGAUCUACUGAAAAGAGCACAAUGACUUUGAUUGAGAAGAAUGUCUAUCAUGACUUGAUAUACGUAAAUGCAGCAAAGAUUUUUCAAGGCAUUCAUAAGAAAAAGCCUCAGGAUAGAAUACUGGUGCGGUAUGGUGAUGACUCAGCAUCUCCCAUGUUAACUUUUAAAGAUGAGUAUUCCCAGCGUGUAUCUUAUGAACUGGCUUUCAGUGCUCUAAAAUAUCAAGAUCUUCUUGAAAAAAUACUGUUAGAUAGCUGCGCUUAUCCAUGUCAGUCAAUAGAGAGUGUCCUGAACAGUCCUGCAGUUAUUUUCCUAUUGCAGCCAGAUGAAUUAACCAGCUUGCUUGUUGUGAUGCUUUAUGACCUACAAGACCGAAAGUUUCAAGCCCGAGAGAUUGUUGAUGAAGAAGAACCUGUAGCAGAAGUUCGGAAAAUAGAGCAUUAUCUAUACAGUUUUAAGACCAAAUUGGCAGCUGCACUAGCAAGAUGUCGAAUCAAACAUGAUGCUCUUUCAAUUGAAUACAUUCUACCAGAAACCAUACGGAAGCAGGAACAAAGGGCUUCUGCCUUACCUUUAUAUGCUUGGAUAAAUACAUUUAAAAUCAGCCUUCAAGACGUUUUCAGUAAUUUGAAGAUGAAGGGAUUCACAAGAGUUGAAUCUGUGUCAGACUUCGACCAUUAUACUUACUGUGUGGACCAACAUUGCCAUGAUGUGUUGGUUUUUCCUGCCUCUCUUAAAGAAGAACUGCUUAAUUUAGAUCUUUUUGCAGAUUACAAACUCUUACUACAGGAUAAGUCUCGCAGCCUUGCUGUGCAUUCUGUGCGUGCUCUAUUGAAUACAGACGAUGACAUUGUAGUGGCUCACAUGGGUUCCCGUCUGACCAUUGCCCAUAUGUCAGUGCUGACAAAUCACAGCAUGUCCAGAAUUUUUGUUUGUGGUGUAAAAUCUCCAGCAAAAGAAGCUGAACUGAGGAACUUGUUCAGGCACGUGGGAUGUAAAAAUAUUCAGUUGUUACAUGAAGACUUUACUGAGAUUGGACCAACAGACCAGAGACUGCAAAAGGCAAAAGUUAUUCUGCUGCUGCCACAAUGCUCUGGAGUGGGUGCUGGCAAUCCAAUAGAAUUUAUUUUAAAUGAACAUGGAGAUGCAGGAUUGCUCAGAGACCUUUUCCAAGGAUCUGUAUCUGAGGAUAAACUCAGUAUUCUUGCUGAGAGGCAGCUUAAAGAGUUGAUGCAUGCAAUGAAAUUUAACAAAGUACAAGCUAUUGUUUACUGCACUUCUUCAGUUUACCCAGAAGAAAAUGAAGUAGUAGUGAACAAAGCACUGGAAUCUAGAGUGGAAGGAAAUAAAGUACAACGAUAUAGGCUUGUUCCUCCUGUUUUUCCUAUUUGCUCCAAUUCAAAGGCUUCUGCUGAAUUUUUUUUCAAAAUGGAACCAUCAGAAAUUUCCAAUUGCUGCUUUUUAGCUAUUCUGGAGAGAGAGAAAGCUUCUUCUGAAAAUUUGUCUGUUAAAGACAUGUUGGCUCGUGCUGCAGCAAAAGGACUACUCGAUGGAAUUGUUGUAGAAAAAUCAAAGAAAGAAGAGAAAAAGAAAAAGAAACUGAAAAUGACACAACAUGCAAGUAAUAUUGUUGGUAAUGGUGUAGAGACAAAGGCUGAAGAGUUCCUUCACCAUGAAGCUGUAUCUAAUAUUCAUGCUGAAGAUUCAGUAUCUAAAGCAGUAAGUAAUAAAGAACAAAAGACCGUGAACAAAACAGACAGUUAUGUUCAGCUGAAGAAAGCUACCAACCCAGUCUCAGACUCAGCCCUUCCUAAAGUUCUGAAGCGCACAUCUAAUUUGUCAUCUAUCCGCAAGGCGUCUGAAAGACAGCCACUUACUAGAAAGGCACAUGCAGAAGACAGAAUGGUUGUAUUGAAGCCUGUGGAAAUUGUUUUGCCUCCAGUGAUAGUACCAUACUUAAGUCCCCAAGGAAACAGACCCAGGAUGCCAACCCAUCAUUGCUGGCAUGACUGGAUUGGAGCAAAGAGUUUGAGUGGUCGCAUAUUUCCACCACCUCUAUCUAAAGCGGUCAAACCAACCGUGGUUAAGCAACCUCGACCAUGGCUGUAAGAAUCUUCAAACUUUGACCUUACCUUUAUAGAAAAGGCAACCUAUAGUAUACAGAGUGGAGACUGUUGCAAGAUCAUGUCCAGAAAAGACAAAUACAUCAACAUAAUAAUGCAGGAUAUUUCAGUAAAAAUAGAAUAAAUAAAAUAAAAAUAUUUUAAGCUGUAUUUAACAGGUUAAUUUAAAAUAUGACAUCAGACAUACAAGGCAUAGUGAAGAUGGCUGUCUGCCUACAGAAUCACUACAUAUUAUAAAAAAAAUGCAUAGAUAACUGAAGGGUCACUGUAACAUCGAUUAAAAAACACUGGCAGUUGCUCAGACACGCAUACUCCAUACGUACUUUUUGGCCAUGGUAAAAGAGUGCCUUAAUAUAUUGUUUAACAAAGGAUAACUGGCUUUGCAAUAUUAGGCUCUGAUUCUGCAAACAGCUGGGUGUAUAUUUAAUCUUUUGGAGAAUAAGGAGCUCUACUGAAGCAAAAGGGCCACUCCUGUUCUGAUCAUUAAGCACACUACUUAAAUUUAUCUGCAAAAUCAGCAACGUUUUGGUAGCAGACACAAGACUCUUAAAAUAUACAUUGGCAAGUGACGUAUGGCUUUUCGAAUACCUUUCUAUCUUCUCAGUCCUUCCUCCAAUUGCACACUUUUCUAGUGAAAGCUAACUAGAUGUUCAUCACCUGGAUGACACACACUGAAAAACCUUUUACUGCUGUUUGCAAAGUGUUAGUUUAAAUAUAGAGUCUGCAUUUCUGUCUUGGAGAAUCAGCACUAUAUGGAUGCAGCUACAGAACUGAAUUAUACUGUUUAAAAUUCAUUGUUGUAGGCCAGCUGCAAAUCAAAUCCUGGAGUUUCCAGGUGGAACUUUAAAAAGACAGUUGCGAAGAAUUUGCUGUAAUUUAAAGUCAAAGUUUGAUUCAAUAGGAUGAUGAUAGGAACCUUUUAUCUCUUAACUUCAUGAUCCUACUUGAAGACAUAUUCAGUUACCAUCUGAUGACUUUUGGUAGCCAUCAUAAUAGGAAACAAAUUUUAACACUGUUCAUAGCAGACUUCAGUGGAUCAGUCAGAAACUAGAGAAACAGAGGAAUAAAGCAGGUAUGGAAGCUGCCUCCUCCAUGCUUUGGUAUCUGGCUUCAUGGUCAGUUUAAACCAGUGCUGCUGUCUGAAGGGGUGAUUUUCUUUGCCUCUCCUCACCUCCAGCUAUGUGCUCCCCCUGCCUCCCUUGCAUCAACAAAGUCAUCUGCACAGCCAGGUAGCAAACUGGAUCAAAUUUGCAGACCUGACUGAUUUCUCUCUUUGAGCUUAUUCACAUUAAGCUGAUUUGAUUUCUCCUCCAACUGUACAAGCAAUAGAGGUGGUGCAAAGGAGGAAGUGGGAAUGUGAGGUUUGAGAGGGCAAAGACAGUUUCACUGCCUUAGGUGCAGAAUCUCUGUCCUAGAAGAGAUUUCGAGAUCAGUGGAGGAUCAGCUCUUCAGAGGGUAUUACAGAGAGGCAGUUUUAAUUACACUAGUUGCAUAGCUAGCCUACCUGCCACUUGCUCAUACAUCAAGCUGAGGUUUUUUUAAUAAAUUUUCCUACAUUUUCAAUGCAAAAAUUUAUUGAAUUACCAUUCCUUUCCCCUUGUAUUCAUAACUUGCCUUGCCCAGGGGUUGCUAUUGAUUUUUUUUUUUAAAUAAGGAAAAGAGAAAAUAGUCUAACAAUCCUUUGCAUAUUAAGGUAGAAAAGAGUUCUUGCCAUAGCAGCCUUGAGAAUGUUCUUUUAAAAUUACAGUAUUACCAAGUUUGGAGACUUGGGAGACGGUUAUACUUUGGAAAGUAUCUAUAAAUGGAGGCACUGCAUUUUUAACACUGGUUAGAAACAUUUUUAAUGUUCCCUUUUCACAAUUUGUAUGAAACUGCAGGUCUAAACAGAAGACGGCAAGGGGAGAAACUAAAGAUGUGUAACUGCAUUUGAAAAUUAGUGUGAGGUACAAUUUUAGGGGGCAAUACUGUGCUGACUUUGUCAGGAUCUGCAGUAGUGUGGAUCAGUGCGACUACAUGAAGCUUUUGGAGCAAGCAAUCAGGUUGCAACACCUGAAGCACUGUAUCCUGUUAGAAAACUCUUUCAUUAUUUUGUCACUUUUUGUCAUUUUUGAGUAUUGAAAGAAAUUUGAUGGAAUUUUGUAAAUAACUAGACAUGAUUGUUCUUUUUGUGGCAUGUUAAGUUUUCAGCAGCAAACUCCGAGGGGAAGGGGAAAUUCUAGUCUCUAGGAGUUUUGACACAGUAAAAUUACUGACUAGUUUUUCUUCUGACUGGUAUGAGCCUUACAGGAAACAAACUGUAUUUUUGAUGCCUUAAUAAAGACUUGGGAGAAUAACACUCAA